AUGUCUGAAUUUGUUUAUUAUUAUGACUCAAUUAUGCAGAAGAUACCAGUAAAUUUUGUUGGGAACUUCAACGGGAUGAUUCCUUAUGAUUCUAUCCUUCGAAGUCCAUCAGGAUGUUGGAAUGUGAAGGUUAGAGAGGAAGAAGACGGUGGUUUAUCUUUCCGAAAUGGAUGGCCUGAUUUUGUUGAAGCACAUUAUUUAAGCCAUGGGGAUACUGCUACUAUGAAGUAUGUCAGUAAUUCACAGUUUGAUGUUAAGUUGUAUGGGACAAACGGAUGCGAAAAGCAUAAGUAUCGUGCAAGCGAUUUUGGAAGAGAUUCCUUUUGUCAGGACAAAAGGAACCGUGGAUUAUUUAACCGCGAUGCACUGAAGAGAAAAGCAAAUGUCAUUGAGGGAAGGUCAAAGGUUCAUCACCCAGAAUGUUUCUGUGAAGGGAAACCGUAUUUUUUGGCUAGCUGGACAGAGAAUAAGAAAUAUCAAUUGGAGAUUCCCGAAAAGGUGGUAAGGAAAUUGGAAAAUACAUUGUCUGAUAUUGUCGCUCUGAAAAGAACUAAUGGAAGACUUAGGAGUGUGGAACUGAAGAGAUCUGAAGGCAAGCAUAUUCCUAGCAGCUUCGCCAAGAAACAUCUUCCGGAGAACAUAAAGAAUGUGAUGGUUCGAAAUUCAGACAAUAAAGUGUGGACGAUUGGAUAUCCUUUCAGAGGUUAUAGAACACAUCUAGCUGCUGGUUGGAGUUCUCUUAGACGAAAUUUAGGUAUCUCCAAAGGAGAUGUUUGUGUCUUUGAGCUGCUUAAGGAAAAAGAUGCAGAAAUGAGAGUUUCAGUUUUUAGGGAGAUUGACAAUGUGAUAACCAGGUUAUGA